GAACGGUGCAGGCUGAGCGGCGCCUCGGGCUGGGGCGAUGGCUGAUCGGAAGUUAAGCGACGUGCGGAUCAGGUUUGUGGAGCGCGUGAGCAAGGCAGUGAUCAGCAACCUCUUGGACGACCUGCUGGAGAGACGGGUGCUGAACGAGGAGGAAGUGGAGGAGGUGAGGGAGAGCUACAGUAAGAAGAGUGACCAAGCCAGGUGCCUGAUUGAUGGGGUGAGGAGAAAGGGUGCCAGAGCCAGCGAAAUAUUCAUCGAACGCCUCUGCGUCAGAGAUGUCCACCUGGCCACAGAGCUGGGGCUCGGAGCCCCCUCAGGGACUGCUGCAGAAACCCAGCCAGCGCCAUCUCAGGAAUGGAUCCAGCCCUGCCCCCGGGAAUUCGUCCAGCGGAUCCAGAAGGAGGAAGCGAAGGAGAUCUAUUCCAUCCUGGACAAGGCGACGCGAACCCGCCUGGCCCUCAUCAUCUGUAAUGUUGAGUUUGAGCAUCUCCGCAGGAGGGACGGGGCUGACGUGGACAUGAAUGGGAUGAAGAGGCUUCUAGAAGGGCUGGGAUACAAGGUGGAAACUCACUGCAACUUGAAUGCCCAGGCCAUGGUGGAGACUCUGAAGCAGUUCGCUGCUCGGAAUGAGCACCGGACCUCGGAUAGCACCUUCCUCGUGCUCAUGUCUCAUGGUGUCAGGGCUGGCCUGUGCGGGACAAAGAGCCAAGGCGAGUCCACAGACAUCCUUCCCAUUGACACCAUCUACAGCACCUUCAACAACAAGAAUUGCCAGACACUGCUGGGAAAACCCAAAGUGAUCAUCAUUCAGGCCUGCCGUGGGGAGAACCACGGACAGGUGUUGGUGAGUGACUCUGCAGAGCUCCCUGGAGACGGCUCCAGCCUCGCUCCGCUGCCCCCUGAAGAGUUAGAAGAUGAUGCAAGUCACCAAAUCCACGUGGAGAGCGAUUUCAUCGGUUUCCACGCUACAACGCCAGACACUUUGUCCUGGAGAUGUCCAAAAACUGGGUCCGUCUUCAUCACCCGUCUGAUAGAGCAGCUUCGAACCAAUGCCUGCCGCUUCCCCUUGGAGGAGAUCUUCCGAAAGGUCCAGCUCUCCUUUCAAAAUUUUCCUCGUCAGAUGCCCACCAAGGAAAGAACUACCAUGAUAAAAAAGUUCUAUCUGUUCCCAGGCCAUUAGAACCAGCACCACAAUAAGACAGCGCAUGUCCCAUGGGGGCCCUGCCGCAGUCAGCGUCUGCACAUUCAACAUUGGCACAAAGCUCAAGGGCUCUCUUCCUGCUGCCUGCACAGUUUCCACCUGUGGCUUUCCUCUGAACUGCCAGAAGUGCCUUCAGCUUCUCACCAGCCUUCCCCUGCGGAAGUGCCUCCUCUUUGUGACAGGACAACGGUAGCAUCAGCCUGGAGCUCCUGCUGCCACAUCUCUAUCAAAUGGCUCUUCCUAGCGAGAGACAGCAGCACCCCCCAGCUAUCUAGAUCCUACAGCACUGACAUCCCCGUGGCCCCGUCCCUGAGAUCCAGUUCACACUCUGAUCAUUCCCUCCGGUAGCCAGACUUUGAGUCCCCGGACAGUCAGACAAGUGAGUCUCAGCCACAUCCUUCUUGGUAAACAGCUGGAGUCUCCCAUUAGGGAUAUCAACAGCAGGGGCAUCUUCACUGUGGUCAGCCCAGGCUCCUGUCCCCUCCCCUCCGCAUACAAAACCCUCUCACCUGAGCUUUCCACCUGGGCUAGCUGCCCCAGCUGAGGGUGGCUUUGAGCGUGGUGCUGCUUUCACUGGGACUGGGAGCCUGCCCACUUGGCCAUGGGGAUGCAGCUAAAUCAGUCGAGUGCUGACGGUGCACCUCUGCCUUCCCACAGUCACCCCAGGUGCCCAGCACAGGCGUGUCCCACAAACGCGCUGGGAAAGAGUCAUGCAGCGGCUCACCUUACAGCAGCACAAAGAACCACGGGCUUUGCCCCAAACGCACUAGCGACCCACAGUGCGGAUGCAGUAACUCGGGAGGGGCUUUGCAGUGUGGCUGCUCACAGCCAGGUUAGACUAACCCAGUGCUCACACCUGGGUGCUGAUCACCCGGGUUAACUCUGCACUUAUGGGCAUACCCUAGGAAAGCUCAUCUGCUGAACUCUGGGGGGGACAUGGAGUGUGGCAGCAACCGUCUCCUCCCGCUAUCAGCAAUUCCCAGACCCCCUGGAAUGGAAGGGGCCUGUGUCCGUUCCCCUUAGCGAGGCCGGGUUAACUGAGCUCACUCCAAGUCAUCCCCACUAGAUGGCAGCCAGGCUGAGCCUUGAAUAGCUGCCGCGGUGAUUUCCCAACCUCACUGAGCUGUUCGCUGCCUUGUUCUCGUUCUCUGUAAUUACAGGGCCACAUUCUGCCCAUUGUCAACUCCAGACUUCAGAGUGCCAAGGCUGCAAGUGGCCCAUGACAUUUGGGUUAGUGCUUAACCCACAUUUCUCUGUUAAAACCUAAGCCCAUUACUUCUAUCCUUGGCCCCAGCUAAGAGCUGAUCCCUCUCCCCUCUAGAGCAGCCCUUUUUCUCCUUAGUGAUGAGCGAGAGACACUCGUCUACACCACUGCAAGGCAAGAACGUCAGGAAGGGAGCAGGGUUCCUUGGCAUGAUACAUGGGGGUAGAACUAGGAGUAAUGGGGUGAAGUGAUGAAAGGAGAAUUUAGCUUUGUUGCUUUCUGGGCUACUCCUAUGGCUGGGACGAGGAAGCAAGUGACUCCUCGGACCAGAGAUGUCCUUGCCCUUCUCUGCGGUUGCGCUGCUUCUGGGCACACUCUCUCUGGUUUCCCUGUCUCAUUGCCUGUGGUUACUUUUAUAGCUGGUUUUACCGUGUUCUUGAAAAGCGAUGGGUGUAGGGACGGAAGCGGCAGUUUGUGGGGUUUUAGAGACAUCAGAACUCAGCUCGGGGCCAUUUUAAAAAAUACUUUUCUGUGCUUGUGAGCACCUGUUCCCAGGGAUUGUUUCUGGCCAUUUCCAGAGAUGCCGAGAACCAGCAGUUCCCUUUAGCUCCAGUUCAAUUUCAUACAUUCCAAGGGAAAAAGGGACCAUUGUGACCUUGUAUUGUGACCUCCUGUAGAGCACAGGCCAGAGACCUGCCCGAACAUAAUUCCUAGAGCAGAGCUUUGAGAAAAGCAUCCCACCUUGGCUGAGAAAUCCCCAGCGAUGAACAAUCCACCAGGACUCUUGGUAAAACGUUCCAAGUUCAGCUGUGGGUGCUCAGCCCUCCUAGAAAUCAAGCCCUUGGUGCCUCCCAGACCGGUCUGAUUGUACUCCCAAAGCAGAGCUAGGAGGACCUGGGGCUCCAUGCGGAGUAUUUCUCCCUGAAACGCCAGCCCCUAAGGGCCCAUGAAGUGGUGCAAGGACAUCAGCCUCUGCAGUGCAGGCUCCAGCGCAGCCCCCGCUUGGUGCUAUGGCAUUAGAAGCCCUAACCUGGCAGCUAAAUCCCCAGCUGUCUUAACCCACUUCUGCUGCAACACCUAGAGAGUCAUCACAGUCCCUCUUUCCUGCCAGCGGGGCUGCAAGGAACACUCGAUAUUUACUAGUCACACUCAGUUCAGUGCCUGCGAGGCCAACGGCUACAGCAUAGGACUAAGGUGGCAGAAAAAAAGGGAAGAGCUGGGGAAGGGAGCGACUGUGUCUGAACCUGAGGACCCAGGUAUAAUAGCGUCUGCAGGUGUCUCGCCCACAGAAUUCCUUUGUACCUUGAAAAUGGGCCUUUCACAACGUUCUGCCAAGGGCCCAACAUUCAUGCACUGGCUUUGCCUUUGGCUUUGUGAGCGGAAGGGGAAGUGCCUUUUAUUCCUUAUGCUUUGUGUCUGCAUCAUCUGACCCUCCCUUCAGAUACUGUUAGUCUCGCGAUCACUGGGCUGUUUCUCAAAACCCCAACCCUAGGGUCAGGGGAGUAUGUGAGGAUCUCAGGUUCCAUUUGAAAAUGAAAUGGAAGUUUCUAGCGUUCCUGGGUGCAAAGGAAAUCUCAAUGUGACCCCCCAAAAGCUCAACCCCCAGGAGACCAGUGAACAGAACCCCAGUAUAUUGCAACCAGUCUCAGGAAUUUGGGGUGCCUGAUGCAGGACUUUUGAACGCUGGGCAUUGGACAAUACCAGGAAUAAUUUUAGGGUUCCCACAAACCUCUCCACCUUUGUCUGCACCCUGAUUACUGUAUUUCAGUGGGUCAGGCUCAUUCUGUGGAAAGGAACAAUUCCAGUUUCAUGAUGGCCCAUGGUCUAAGUUUAGGACUCCACACUGCUCGAUCCACAGCAGAAUCCCACUCAUUAGGAAGGGUUGGUUCAGAACCCUGUCACAUUCAGCAUCACUCACUAGGAAACAGGCUCACUCUCAAGACCACCAUCAUCUUUAACCUUUCUCCGCUCUGCAUUUCUUUCCCUGGAGCAACUCCUGUCCCCUACCCCCUCUAACAAUCCCAGCUUCUGGAAGUUGUUGGUUUAAGGAUACCCAGUACAUGGGGUUGCGUCCCUGACCAUCUUGGUUAAUAGCCAUUGAUCGUUCCUCCUCUAGGAACUUACCUAAUUUUUUUUUUAAUCCAGGUAUGCUUUUGGUCUUCACAACAUCCGAUAGCAAAGAGUUCCACAGGUUGACUGUGCAUUGUGUGAAGAAAUACUUUCUUUUGUAUGUCUUUAAUCUGCUGCCUAUUAAUUUCAUUGGGUGACCCCCUAGUCCUUGCGUUAUGUCAAGGGUUAAAUAACACUUCCCUAUUCACUUUCUCCAUACGUUCAUGAUUUUAUAGACUUCUGUUAUAACCCCCUCAGACAUUUCUUUUCUAAAAUGAACAGUUCCAGUCUUUUUAAUCUCUCCUUCUAUGGAAGUUGUUCCGUACUCCCUACUCAUUGUUGUUGCUCUUUCUUGCACCUUUUCCAAUUGUAUCUUUUUCUGAGAUAGGGUGACCAAAACUGCACACACUAUUCCAGGUGUGGGCGUACCAUGGAUUUACAGAGUAGCUGUGACGUUGCAAUGUUCACAUGUCACUGCAAGACUUCACUGCCCACUUGCCAGCACACAGGUAUACAUGAAGACUUACAGGUAAAACACAGCCAUCUACAGACAAUUGUCCUGGUUAAUGGGAGUCAUCAAGAUUCCAAACCACCAUUAACAGCCCACAUUUUGCAUAAUUACAAUAGGCCCUCAGAGUUAUAUUUCAUAUUUCUAGUUUCAGAUACAAGAGGGGUACAUUUAUACGAAUAGGAUGAUCACACUCAGUAGAUUAUAAGCUUUGUAAUGAUACCUUACAAGAGACCUUUUGCAUGAAGCAUAUUCCAGUUACAUUAUAUUCACUUAUUAGCAUAUUUUUAUAAAACCAUAGAGACUGCAACGUCACAGUAGCAUUAUAUUUUCUCUUUAUCUAUCCCUCUCCUAAUGGUUCCUAAUUUAGUUAGCUUUUUUGACUGCCACUGCAUAUUGAGCAGAUGUUUUCAGAGAACUAUCCACAGUGACUCCAAGAUCUAUUUCUUGAGUGGUAACAGCUCAUUUAGACCCCAUCAUUUUGUAUAUAUAGUUGGGAUUAUUUUUUCCAGUGUGCAUUACUUGGCAUUUAUCAACACUAAAUUUCAUCUGCCAUUUUGCUGCCCAAUUACCCAGUUUGUUUUGGACUUACUUAUCUUGAGUAAUGUAGUAUUGUCUGCACAUUUUGCCACCUCACUCCCUUUUCUGGAUCAUUUAUGAAUAUGUUGAGUAGCAUAUCCCAGUACAGAUCAUGGGUGCACCUGCUAUUUAUUUCUUUCCAUUGUGAAAACUAACCAUUUAUUCCUCUUUGUUUCCUAUUGUUUAACCAGUUACUGAUCCUUCUUAUCCCAUGACUGAUUAUUUUGUUGAAGAGCUUUUGGUGAGCGACCUUGUCAAAGGCUUUCUGAAAGUCCAAGUACAUUCUAUCCACUGGAUCAUCCUUGUCCAUAUUUGUUGACCUCAAAGAAUUCUAAUAGAUUGGCGAGGCAUGAUUUCCCUUUACAAAAGCCAUGUUAACUUUUCCCCAACAUAUCGUGUUUAUCUAGGUGUCUGAGAAUUCUCUUCUUUACUGUACUUUCAACCAAUUUGCCUGGUAUGGAAGUCAGGCUUACUGGCCUGUGAUUGCCAGGACUGCCUCUGGAGCCUUUUUACAAAAUCAGUGUUGCAUUAGCUACCUUCCAGUCAUCUGAUAGAGAGGCUGAUUUAAGCAAUAGGUUAAAUACCACUGUUAGUUCUGCAAUUUUAUAUUUGAGUUCCUUCAGAACACUUCGGUGAUACCAUCUGGUCCUGGUGACUUAUUACUGUUUAAUUUAUCAACUUGUGACAAAGCCUCUUUUAUUGACACCUCAAGCUGGGACAGUUCCCCAAGUGUUUUACCUAAAAAGAAUGGCUCGGGUGUGGGGAUCUCCCCUGUAUCCUCUACAGUGAAAACCAAUGCAAAGAAUUUAUUUAGCUUCUCUGCAACAGCCUUGUCUUCCUUCAGUGCUCGUUUAGUACCUCGAUCGUCCAGUGGCCCCCCUGACUGUUUGGUGGGUAUACUUAAAAGAAAUGGUGCUGUUAGUGUUUGUGUCCUUAGCUAGUUGCUCUUUGAAUUCUUUCUUGGCCUGCCUUAGCAUACUUUUCCACUGACUUGCCAGAACUUAUGCUCCCUUUCUAUUUGUUUUUCAGUAGGAUUUGACUCCCAGUUUUUGAAGGAUGCCUUUUCGCCUCUAACCACUUCUUUUACUCUGCUGUUAAGCCAUGGUGGCAUUUUUGGAGGGUGGGGGUAUGUUUAGUUUGAGCCUCUAUUAUGGUGCUUUUAAAGCAUGUCCAUGCAGUUGGCAGGGAAUGGGGGCAGGAAAGGUCACAUCUCUCAGAACCAGGGUCCCAGACUUGAGAAGCGCCUGCUGCUUCACUUACACUCGGUUCACAUUUGGAAGAUUUUAGCAGGCACAGGAAGGCUAGAGACUCACUUUUGUGUUUCAAUGGCAGUCAAUGCUGCAGAAUGUGAACGCCUCCUCACCUGCUUUAAAGCCACCAAGCAGGCUAGUUGCAUCCCUCCGCUGGGUGCUUGUCACCUUGGCUCUAUUUGCAUUUCCUUGCAACUUGUCUCCAAGGAAAAGGGACAUGCGUUCUUUAAUCAUGCUGAAGUUCAUGUUUUUCCAGACAUUCCAAAAGUCACAUAGACAGGAUGAAACAGCUAUUAGUGCUCGGCUGAUUUUAUUACUAUAGGAUUCUCUGCCUCAGUUUGCCCUUCCUCCCUGAGCACUGUUGCUGACAGUCACUAAAUAUUCUGCUGUUAAACACUGGGAAAGCAUUUUCAUCUUCCCUGGCUAGAGAAAAAGAGGAUGGUUCUGAAAUAGGGUCCUGUUUUCCUAGUACCAAUUUUUUAAAGUGCGCUCACAGCCAGCAAUUAACCUGUUUAUCAUUGUUUCUAAAGCCAUGAAAUCAAUACUUUUAUGCUAUGCCUGUAUUUACUUAAGGUGACCAACUGUUUUCUCAUUUUCAUCCUUCUUUCCUUCCAAGACGUUUCACCAUUCUGGCAAAACCUGGACACCAUUAUGAUAAAUGAUUUCCCCAAUAA